AUGGCAUUAUCCUCGACUAUCGAGAAGGACAUUGCUAUUGCAUGCAUAUGCUCCGCUUUGAUUCUGUCGCGAUGCGGCUAUCGUAUUUACCACCGAUACAAGGGCCAUGCAGGUUCCCAUAGAAUCUGGCAUGCCGACGAUAUGUACAUGGCCAUUGCUGUGCUGCCUCUCAUCUCGCGCACCGUCUGCAUCACUCUAUCAUUCCUCUUGAACCCCUCUAGCUCACGCGAGCCCGCAACCAAGGAUGAGGCGGCAGCUCAGAACAUGACUGUCGACAAGCUUGAGCAUGAUCGUACUGUUGGGCUUCAACUACUAGUCGGCACUCGAUUGAGCUACACUCUAGUUCUUUGGAUCUUGAAAGCUGCCCUGCUUUCCUUUUACUCUCGAUUCGUUCGGGUGACAAGUUGGGGCAAGAUUGCAGUCAACCUGCUAUGGUGUCUCUUGCUUGUUUCUUGUCUUGUUGUUAUUGUAGCGAUAUUAGCCGAAUGUCGCCCUAUGUCUUUGAUGUGGAGGCUCGCUUCUAAGGAAACUCAACCUGCUUGUCAGAAAGGCAUGGUUUACUUCUUCGCUCUGGCCGCAGGUAAUAUCAGCACAGAUAUUGCACUACUCAUACUGCCUUUUCCAACCCUCGCCGUGGCGAGAUUAAACACGAGAACUAAAAUACAACUUGGAGUCUUAUUCAGUAUCGGCCUUUUAGUCAUUACGAUUACAAUUGUGCGGAUACCGCUUAUCCUCGGCGAUGCCAUGUCACAAAAGGCUCGGUCCACUUGGGCGACUAUAGAGAUUCUCUGCAGUUGCAUUGUGGCAAACACUCCUUUCUUUUACGGGCUCCUGAGGGAGCUUGGGCAGCACAAGGGUACACAGCCUUCAGCCACCGAUCCGAGUAGAUCAGAAGGUCCAUUCUAUCUGCAGAGCAAAGGAGCAGAUCACCGCUCCUAUGAGUUACAGGCUGCAAACAGUGAUGGUAAUUCACAGGAAUUGAUCAUAAUGCCAUAA